AGGAAUUGCCACCAAUUGUGAAUUGUGGUUGGUGAAACAACGAAAACAAUAAUCAAAACCCCCUAUUUGGAGUCGGUCUCCCUUCUGAGUUCUUAGUUGAGCUCUGUAGAACGAAUGAACGAUUUUCUUUAAUUCCUUAAUCACAGCAAAAUAACCAAAAAAAUAAAAGAAAAUGGGAGUUCAAGCAAAAAUAGCACCGUCUAUGCUAUCCUCAGACUUUGCCAAUUUGGCUUCUGAAGCUCAACGUAUGCUUGAUUGUGGCGCUGAUUGGCUCCACAUGGAUAUCAUGGAUGGGUAUGUGGACAUUUCAUAAUAUAGACUGACUGCUGUUGGAUAAUUGUAUACCAGUGCCUAGUGCCUUCUAUGAGGAUCCUGCCGGUUGGUGGGGUAUAAGGGUCCAAUGAUGAAGCCUUACCUCUGCAGUCACAGUGCUAUUUCCUGUAGUAGACCCUUAGUUGACUGCACAACUUUUGGUUAACCAUGUCUAGUCAACGCAUUCAUGGAUUUCUACUAAUAUGCAGUAGUUUGACAAGAUGUAGUCAUAGUCUAUUCUUUGGAGGUAGAAAAUUUCUUAAAUUGCUGGAGGCAAGGAGAAGUUUAUGCAGUUUGGAAAACAAUGCAAUUUUACUUCUGAUUACAUUCUUAUGGUUGAUAUGGCACUUUGUCCCAAAUCUUACGAUUGGUGCUCCAGUUAUCGAGAGUCUAAGAAAGCAUACUCAGGCAUAUUUAGAUUGCCAUCUCAUGGUCACCAAUCCUCUUGCUUAUGUGGAGCCAUUCGGAAAAGCUGGUGCUUCUGGUUUUACAUUUCAUGUUGAGGUCUCUAAAGACAACUGGCAAGAACUUGUUGAGAAGAUAAAGUUGGAAGGGAUGAGACCUGGUGUUGCAUUGAAGCCUGGGACACCUAUUGAAGAAGUUUACCCUCUGGUGGAAGGACAUAAUCCAGUUGAAAUGGUCCUUGUUAUGACUGUUGAGCCUGGAUUUGGUGGGCAGAAGUUUAUGCCAGAAACGAUGGAUAAGGUUCGUGCAUUAAGGAAGAAGUAUCCAUCCCUUGAUGUUGAGGUGGAUGGUGGUUUGGGGCCAUCUACUAUCAACGCUGCAGCUUCGGCUGGGGCAAAUUGUAUUGUCGCUGGGAGUUCAGUGUUUGGGGCCCCAGAACCAGCCCAGGUUAUCAAAUUACUGAGGAAGAGCGUGGAGGAAGCUCAGCAAUAGGCAUAUUUUCCGGGAAAUGUAGGUGAAGGCAGGGUCAGUUGCUCAAAUAAAAUCAUCUUGGAUUCUACCCAGCAUUGGAAUAGACAUCUUGUGGCUCGCAUAAAUUAUACAAAAAUGGAGAAUCGUUGAGUCUACAUAAACUCUGUAAACUAUAAAUACCACAUACUACUCACAUAGUGAGUGGUUGGGCAUCAUACAAUUGUGUAUUUGUAAUGUCAAUGUCUCUUCUUGAAGAUGAAUUGUGCCACUUUCUAUAGUUUUCAAGGCCAAGGGGUGAUAAAUCAUUAUGCCUUGAGUGUUCUCUCUUUUCGUUCCUUUGUUUGUCGCAAGGAGGAUUGUUGGUGACCUAGAUUGUUAAUUUGAAUUAGGUGGGCGCAGCCUAGGCACAUGUUAGAUACAAACUCGGGGUUGCUCAGCUUGUCUGAGUACACUUGUAUCUGUAUCCAAAUAUUGAUUCUUUUUUUGGUUAGCUGCAAUAUUGAAUUGAACAGGAUAAUGUGAAUCGAUUCUAGCCUUAUGGGCUAAUACAUGUA